GCAAUCUGUACACACAGAUAGCACAGAGAAGGAAACAGGCUCCACUCUGAGUGCUAACAAAAUAAUAUUGGAUGGAGGAGGGGACUCCUCCCCCUCCUCCCCACCCUCCUGCUGAAAGACUGAAUUGCUGACCAACCAAUUGAUCCCAGAAACAGUUUGCUUCCCUCCUUUCCAAGCCUGGACAGCCUCCAGUCCCCACUGGAUGGUCUACCCACUUGUCAUGUGUGCUGGAGAAGAGAAGCGAGUUGGUACACGCACAGUAUUUGUUGGCAAUCAUCCCGUUUCAGAAACUGAAGCAUACAUUGCACAAAAAUUUUGUGAUAAUAGAAUAGUUUCAUCUAAGUAUACACUUUGGAAUUUCCUCCCAAAGAAUCUGUUUGAACAGUUUAGAAGAAUUGCAAACUUUUAUUUUCUUAUCAUUUUUCUUGUACAGGUCACAGUAGACACACCAACUAGCCCAAUUACCAGUGGACUUCCACUUUUUUUUGUUAUAACUGUUACAGCCAUCAAGCAGGGAUAUGAGGAUUGGCUGAGGCACAGGGCUGACAAUGAAGUCAAUAAGAGCACUGUUUACAUUAUUGAAAAUGCAAAGCGAGUGAAAAAAGAGAGUGAAAAAAUCAAGGUCGGUGAUAUAGUAGAAGUACAGGCAGAUGAAACCUUUCCCUGUGAUCUUAUUCUUCUGUCAUCCUGCACAGUUGAUGGAACCUGUUAUGUUACCACAGCCAGUCUUGAUGGGGAAUCUAAUUGCAAGACACAUUAUGCGGUACGUGAUACCACUGAACUGCGUACAGUUGAAUCCAUUGAUAACCUCAGAGCAGCAAUUGAAUGUGAACAGCCUCAACCUGACCUCUACAAGUUUGUUGGCCGAAUCAAUAUCUAUAGUAAUAGUCUUGAAGCUGUUGCCAGGUCUUUGGGACCUGAAAAUCUCUUGUUGAAAGGAGCUACACUAAAAAAUACCAAGAAGAUAUAUGGAGUUGCUGUUUACACUGGAAUGGAAACCAAAAUGGCAUUGAACUACCAAGGGAAAUCUCAGAAACGUUCUGCUGUUGAAAAAUCCAUUAACGCUUUCCUGAUUGUGUAUUUAUUUAUCUUACUGACCAAAGCUGCAAUAUGCACUACUCUAAAGUAUGUUUGGCAGAGCACCCCAUAUAAUGAUGAACCUUGGUAUAACCAAAAGACCCAGAAAGAACGGGAAACUUGGAAGGUUUUGAAAAUGUUCACCGACUUCCUGUCAUUUAUGGUUCUAUUCAACUUUAUCAUUCCUGUCUCCAUGUAUGUCACAGUAGAAAUGCAAAAAUUCUUGGGCUCCUUCUUCAUUUCAUGGGAUAACGACUUCUAUGAUGAAGAAAUUAAUGAAGGAGCCCUGGUUAACACAUCAGACCUUAAUGAAGAACUUGGUCAGGUGGAUUAUGUAUUUACUGAUAAGACCGGAACACUCACUGAAAACAGCAUGGAAUUCAUUGAAUGCUGCAUAGAUGGGCAUAAGUAUAAAGGUGUAGCUCAGGAGACUGAUGGACUAUCUCAAACUGAUGGACCCUUACCAUAUUUCGACAGAGCAGAUAAGAGUCGAGAAGAGCUCUUUCUGCGUGCCUUGUGUUUAUGUCACACUGUAGAAGUUAAAACAAAUGAUACUGUUGAUGGAGUUACACAAUCAGCUGAAUUAACCUAUAUGUCGUCUUCACCAGAUGAAAUAGCUUUGGUCAAAGGAGCUAAAAAGUAUGGGUUCACAUUUGUAGGAGUUCAGAAUGGCUAUAUGAGAGUAGAGAACCAAAGAAAAGAAAUAGAAGAGUAUGAACUUCUUCACACCUUAAACUUUGAUGCUGUCCGCCGUCGUAUGAGUGUAAUUGUGAAGACUCAUUCAGGAGACAUACUUCUCUUUUGUAAAGGAGCCGACUCAGCAGUUUUCCCCAGGGUGCAAAAUCAUGAAAUCGAGUUAAUUAAAGUCCAUGUGGAACAUAAUGCAAUGGAGGGGUAUCGGACACUUUGUGUAGCCUUCAAAGAAAUUUCUCCAGAUGAUUAUGAAAGAGUUAACAGACAGCUCAUAGAGGCAAAAAUGGCCUUACAAGACAGAGAAGAAAAAAUGGAAAAGGUUUUCGAUGAGAUUGAGACAGACAUGCAUUUAAUUGGAGCCACUGCAGUGGAAGACAAGCUACAGGAUCAAGCUGCUGAGACCAUUGAAGCCCUGCAUGCCGCAGGUCUGAAAGUCUGGGUGCUUACUGGCGACAAGAUGGAGACUGCAAAAUCCACCUGCUAUGCCUGCCGCCUUUUCCAAACCAACACCGAACUCUUGGAACUGACCACCAAGACUGUUGAAGAAAGCGAAAGGAAAGAGGAUCGAUUACAUGAGUUGUUGACUGAAUAUCGUAAGAAGCUGCUACGUGAAUUUCCUAAAAGUACUAGAAGCCUUAAAAAAGCGUGGACAGAACAUCAGGAAUAUGGAUUAAUCAUUGAUGGCUCCACUCUGUCUCUCAUAUUAAACUCUAGUCAAGACUCCGGUUCUAACAAUUACAAAAGCAUUUUCCUACAGAUCUGCAUGAAGUGCACAGCAGUGCUCUGCUGUCGCAUGGCCCCAUUACAGAAAGCCCAGAUUGUAAGAAUGGUGAAGAAUUUAAAAGGCAGCCCAAUCACACUGUCGAUAGGUGAUGGUGCCAAUGAUGUUAGCAUGAUCUUGGAAUCCCAUGUGGGCAUAGGUAUUAAAGGCAAAGAAGGUCGCCAAGCAUCCAGGAAUAGCGAUUAUUCUGUCCCAAAGUUUAAACAUUUAAAGAAACUGCUGUUGGCUCAUGGACAUCUAUAUUAUGUGAGAAUAGCACACCUGGUACAGUAUUUCUUCUAUAAGGUAUGUGAUAAAAUAUUUGUAAUUUAUGAGAGUUUAACGCAGCGUUGACUUGGCUUGGUUGUA